CCUUAUUCUCUGCUUUUCAUAUUCCCCAAAUACUUUGAUGCUUUUUAGAAUAUUGAAAGAAUCAUGGCAGGCGUUGUGACACAAUCUUCAACCACAAUUCUAACAAAGUUUGGCACCAGCAUUGCCGGGGCAGCUGGAAGCUGGCUGUUCACUCAGGGUCUGAACGCACUAGAAGGCGGCAGUGAGAGCGACAAAAUCAAUCAAGGCAUUAAUGAAGUCCUUAAAGAAGUGGACAAGAUCAAUAAAGCAGUGCAGAAUCUCUCGCAGGCACUUCUUGAUGAUGUUUUGACACUGCGAACAGAUGAGCUGCAACAGCCCAUGGAUGACAUCAAUGCACUCUACAUCGAUAUAAGUCAGAUCAUCAAUACUGUCUUAACUCUACCUGCCACACUGCCCACCACUGAUCGCGCGACUCAAGUACAGGACGCACAGAAUCGUCUGGAGUCCCGUCUUAAAGAUUGCGCUAAUGAUGUUCCCAAGUAUCUCACCAAGAUCAAUAGCUUCCUGACGGAAACGACAACUGGAGACCAGACGGGAUGCCCACUUCUUCAACAAAUUGCCCAGAAGUGCCUCGACGAUUCUACGGACUUUCUUGGCUACUACGGAAGGACAAAGGCAAUUAUUAUCGGAUACUGGGUCGUGGUGGCCAAGGGCAUUGCUCUUCUUCAAAUGGCCUUCGAUACCCCUGGCGUUGGCUUUGUUGAAGGGGCCGAUGCAAUUCAAACGCAGAAAGACAAUUUGAGCCAACAAGAUCAAGCUUUUGAAACAACAAUUGGCCAGAACACCAUCAAUCUUGCCGAGACUGUUCUCAAUGCGGAACAGCCAUGCCUCGUCCCCAUCUCCUUCUCCAGCAACGCCGGCUAUCGGGUAGCACUGUGGCCCCAGUGGAAUACAGAGAUAUUCGUGGGGUGCCCAAAAACGCCCACGUCACUAGACGGCGCUGCAGUUGGUCCGACGCUAUGGUGGCUUGAAUCACCAGCUGGUUCACUCUUUGACUAUGAGCCAAGUGGUAAUUACACACUGCAUGUCAAGGAAAAUGCCACAAAUAUGCGCCUGGCAAUGACCGGGUCGCAGUGGGAGGCUGUUGAGAUUCCGGACAAUGAUAAGAAUGACGCGAAUGUCUGGUCCAUCAAGCCCAUCGCACCAGGAUCGGAUAGGUACUCCCUUCAGUUCCAGAGUCGGUUUCAAGGAUACAGCAACUUUUUGGUUGCCAAGACGAUUCAAUCGAACGGAGAUAGUGCUCUUGCGACGACUGAGGAGGGGGACGUUGAAUUGAGGUGGGAGAAGAAGUUUGAUGCGGAUAGCACCGCUUUUCGGUGGCAGAUUUCUGGUUGGGUUGACACUCCAUCUGGGUCUUGAGGCGACGGAAGCCGGUAGGGGAAGCGUCACUAUCCAAGAAACAAGCAUAUUGAUACACCUAUAGCGAUCUGACAAGAUGAGCAAGCUCAAGUUUCUCGUGGAUUCUUGUAUCUGGGUACUCCCUAUCAUCGCCCAAGUAUAUUUCAGUUGCUAAGUUCUGUGUGGUGAUUAUAAGCUCUCAAUCACAGGUUUCAACUUGAAAUAACACAGCAAAAUGCUUACUGUAAACUCAUUUUCGAAACAAUCUCCAAUCGACUUUCUAUAGUAAUGCUCACAC